CGUCUCCGCACCGUACCUGUCAGUGUGGAUAACUCGCAGACGUUUCACCGAUUCUCAUAUUACGCAGGUCGCCAAGGCUGCAAGACGGUGUCCGGAACUGUUCACGGACGUUUCGCGCGCAGUCUUUAGCCAAGGGCGCGAAAAAGAAGAGCAUGUCUCGUGAAGCGGCUGGAAUUUACACCCAAAGCGGACCAGAAGUUAGAGCGCAAGACCGGGUGCACCAGAAGCGUUUUUCUACGCGCUCUCCUCUAGGGGAUUCUUGUGAGCUGCUCAGAAACCGCCUUUAGAGACCUGGUUAACAAUCCGUGCGCAUUCUAUUGUUGCUAAUUAAGUUUUCGUUAACAUCACAGUCAUCACAUCACAGUUAACAUUAAUGUCGUGUUAAUUCGUAUUAUUGUUUACGUUGCAUUUGCUGCUAGCAAUUCUAAAACAGCUUUAAGUAGACUGCUUUAGAAAGUGUGCUUUCUCGGUAACUUUAACGAACGAACUGUUUCUCUUGACAGUGGCCUAUUUGCUGCAGCUUAAUGUUUUUUUCGGGGUUAAGUAACUCGUUCAUUGUGAUAGGUAACGUUUUAUUUUAGCUUUGAUUUCCCUGAGAAGACAGUGCAAAGAGGUGGAGUGUCUCGUCUCGUUAGCCGUAUUAAUUAAAUAGGCUGCAUCGUGCAACCGCGGCACUUUCACCCGAAGCCUUUUCUUUUUUUAGGGUGUUCUUGUAAACGGUGUUUGGUACUAAUGCUCCCGGUGCUUCUCCACUUCUACAAGUAGGCUAGCUUUGCCUGGUCCGUCUUUUCGCCUUUCUCGAAAGAUUCUCGCGUAACGUGUUUACUUUGCAUUUUUUAAAGGUUGCGUUGUGAUUUAUGAUUCUUUCGUAAAGCACAGAUAACCUAUAAAAUAGUAUUCCUUAAUUUAGGCUAUGUUUUUGAAUAGCUGCCUAAACAUUUACUAAACACAUAUUUUCAUUUAUGUUGGUGUUAGUUCAGUGACACACACAAUGUUUAUUUGGAAAGACGUAUUUCAAUAGCACAUCGGGUAUUUAUCAUCGCUGUCGUACCGCUUUUUUAUGUGCACGUGUAGCCUGCUAAUAAACAUCAAGGACAAUAAAGGCACGCGUAUAAUAGGUUUCUCAUGAAAUAUAUAGUCCACGACUGUGCUUCUGUGGUGACAUGGAACGAAUAUGACCGUCACCAUUGCGCGUCCACUGUGCAUUUCUGUGCAAUCAGCGCGCCAAGCGGGGAUAAAUUAGACUUGACGCUGGAAGUACCACGGCUUGACAGCUGUCAUCCACGAGCACGGGUGGCCGACAGGAAGCGGGCUCCACGCCGCUCCCGCCAAGCGUUCGCUGCGCUUCUGGUGUAAUUCCAGGUGUAAGUGUCUCACAGAACCGCGAGCAGAAUAUACCUUGCCCAAUGGAUGACCGCUAUUCCUCAAAAUUGUCCCCUGUCGUGGACUACGGAGCCGGUGCCUUCCUCCUGGUCGUGGCCAUGUUGACGUUGGUGGGGAACGUGCUGGUCCUCAUCACGGCAUUUAAGAGGCGGAGAUACAUGAAGCCCCCGGAGCUGCUGAGCGUGAACCUGGCGGUGACGGACCUGGGCGCGGCGCUCACCAUGUACCCCCUGGCCAUCGCCUCGUCCUGGAGCCACCGCUGGGUGGGGGGGCACCCCGCCUGCCUGUACUACGGCCUGAUGGGAUUCCUCUUCGGCGUCGCCAGCAUCGCCACCCUCGCCGUCAUGGCCGUGGUGCGGUUCAUCGUGUCCCUGAGUGUGCAGUCUCCCAAGGAGAAGAUCAGCAAGAGGAGCGUGCACGUGCUGGUGGCGUGCACGUGGCUGUACGGGUUGCUGUGGGCGCUGCUGCCCCUGCUGGGGUGGGGGCAGUACGGGCCGGAGCCCUUCGGGACGUCCUGCACGCUGGCCUGGGGCGACCUGGGGCGGCACGGUCCCUCCUUCGUCUUCGCCGUGUUCUCCCUGGUCCUGGUCCUCCCCGCCGCCGUCAUCAUCGCCUGCUACUUCGGCCUGGCGCUGAAGCUGCGGCUGGCCUACAGGUCCAUCAACAACAGCGGCCGCAUCCCCAACGUCGUCCGCACCCAGCGCAAACUGGUGCUCAUCGCGGUGCUGGUGAGCGCGGGGUUUGUCGGCAGCUGGACACCGUACUCGGCGGUGAGCCUGUGGUCGGCGUUCCACCCCGGCGACGCCCUCCCCGCCGUGGUGGCGCUGCUGCCCUGCCUCUUCGCCAAGUCGUCCACUGUCUUCAACCCGCUGGUGUACUACCUGUUCAGCAACACCUUCCGGACCGAGGUGCGCAGCCUGUUGUGGGCGUGCCGGCAGGCCGACGCGCUGGCGGACCGGGACGACGAGUACGGCGCCGACGACCACCACCGCCCCUACGCCACGCGCGACCGGGGCGUCGCCCCGCGCGACCAGAACGGGGGGGGGCGCCUCCUGCCCCCCUGCGGCGACACCGAGGAGAGCAGAGCAGACUUUUCCAGCCUGGCGCCGGCCGCCAUCGCCCAGUCGGCACGCCGCCCGGAAGGACCCGGAAACAGGAGACUGUGACGUCACUGACAGACAGACCUGGUCCCCCCCAACCCCCCCCCCCCCCCCCCCGGUUCAUCAACUCUCUUCCUGGAUUUUGGGGUGGGGGCAGAGCAGGGACGGGGUCAGGACAGAGAGACAGGAAGAGAGGACGGUCCUCACAAGAACUCUCCCUGUCUGCUCAUCACACGGGGACCCUUUAAGGGUGCAGCACCAAAUCUGGGCUUCUGUGCAAAUACAGUCCACCCCACCCCCCCCCACCCCCCCACCCCCAGUACAGCAUCCUGCAGUUACCUCUCCAGCUAAUAUCGUCUUGUGGCAGUCCAGUUCUGAAAAGAAAAACUGACUUGAUUGCUGACAUCAAUUUAACAAGAUCAGCCUUUAUUUCCUUUUUAGUGUUCUACUAGAUGUUUUAGAUAUUUAAGUUUUCGUAUCUGUGACUGCAUGCAUUGCUCUUUGUGGUCUGUACUGCAGUCACUGUGGUUUUUACAAGAUGCAUUGUCCCAUCUCCCCUUCUGUCCUGAUACUUAUGAUAAGUGUGAAGGCUGUAUUCCUGUACACUCCACAUGUGUCUGUGCCUCCAAAUACACGGUGUAUAAAAGUGUGUGUUGUGAGUGUUUUUGCGUUUUAUGUCACAUGGGUUUGUAUCAGAGUUAUUCAAUCAGGGGGUAAGAGCCUGUGGGUCUGAGUUAAGGCUUGACAGACAGUUAAAAUCAGGGUGGGACAGACUUCUAGAGACGGUUUAACACAGGCAUUGACACAAAAUUAGCAAAGUAAUGGAGCUGCUUAGUUCUUGGCUUGGCUCCAGGACAUGACGAUGUCACAGUCUCCAUUGUGGUGAUCCACCACUAGUUUCAGCCUACAAUGGAAAAUUGGAAGUAAUUCCGUUUGUCUUCGUGCAACAUCAGCCUAGUAAUAACAUAUCACAACAUUUUUAUUUUACAAAGCAAAUUUGUUGACAUCAGACAAGAUAAGUUGCCUUUGUUCCACAAAGUGACAAAAGAACACGUGUGCACACGCACACAUACAAGCACAUGCAUACAAACCAUCAUACCUCCUCCUAGUUAGCUUCCUCGGUUAGAUUAUUCUGUAGAUGAUGUCCUGUAUUUUUGUAUGUUUAAUAAAUUAUAUUAUUAAA